AACGCAGGAAGUAUGACGCUCUUCACUCACAGCAAGAAAAGAACACAUUCUGAAUCGAGGAAUGCUUCGCUUCUUUUCGAUUCACACGCCGCAUCGUGUUCACGACCACAAAAUAAACAAUAGCAAGUUAAUCCUACUACUUUUAGAAUCAUGAUUUUGGCGGGAAGCUUGUUCUUUGCGGCUCUGGCUGUAUUAUUAUUCGCCGCGAUGACGGACCAUGCGGUAGACGCUAUGUUUAGCACCUUAGGUUUCAUUGUGGUCAUUGUAUAUACUGCAAAUGUUAUUACUAGAUGGAUUCUGUCUAUUUUGCCGAAGGAAGUGGUUUCUCCGGCUGGAAAAGCUGUGAUUAUUACGGGAUGUGACACUGGAUUUGGAUUAGAACUCGCCAAACGCUUGAGCCAUAAGGGGUUCACCAUAUAUGCUUGCUGUUUGUCCAUGGAUAGCGAAGGUGCUAAAGAGCUGUCUGGAGAAUUCGGCCCUGGCCCAAUCAAAGUUUUGCAACUCGAUGUGACUAAGCAUGAUCAAGUGCAAGCUACCGUUAAGAAAGUUGAAGCAGAUCUUGGCGAUAAAGAAUUGUGGAGUCUUGUGAACAACGCCGGCGUUGCCAUCUUCUCCGAGUUAGAAUGGUGCAGCAUGUCCAUAAUUGAGCACAUGUUCAAUGUCAAUGUCCUGGGAGCUGUUAGAGUGACCAAAGCCUUCUUACCACUUCUUCGAGGAUCUAAAGGCAGAGUAGUGGUUGUGGCAAGUGUUGCAGGUCACGUGACGUAUCCUGGAUUCCUGUCAUACUCCAUGACAAAGCAUGCCUUGGUUUCUUUUGCCGAUGGAUUACGCCGAGAAAUGCUGAAAUGGGGUGUCACAGUGGCUAUGAUUGAACCUUCUAUGUACAAAACCAGAAUAGCCAGGAGCGAUGUCUUGACUGGAGCCCUGGACAAUUCUUGGGAAAGAACACCAGAUUCCAUCAAGGAAGCUUAUGGCUUUCCUUAUUAUGAAGAUUUCAAGGGUCGGAUGCAGAAGAUGGCCUUGCAUGCGAGACCUUACUUGGAAGAAGUGGUGGACGGUAUGGAACAAGCUGUUACAGAAGUCAAUCCUAAACUAGUCUAUCGUUGUUCCGGACCAUCGGAUAAGGUGCGAUUGUGGGUCAUGUCUCUACUGCCCACUCAGUUGUUGGACAUGUUGAUAUGCCACGUGAUACAGCCCAGCCACCGACAGUUAUCCCAAGGUGGCCGCAGUGCGAAGUCUUCAACAUCAUCUACCUCAUCAUCAUCGUGAUUAUUGGAAUUUUCUUUGUAUCAUAAAAUAUUAAUUUGUAGAAAAUUUUCAUAAAUGGGUAUUAAAUAAAAGUAUUAAUUAUGCAAAAA